UGUGUCCCGACUGGCCCAGCUGUCAUGUAGAAGAGAGGAGACCAUUUACACCGGCUUGCUUAGGAAAUGCAGAAAAAGGAAUAACGCUAAAAUAUGGCAACGUCUAAACGAUAAGGUCAUGACGCCGAACUGAAGAACAAACAAGACGGUGAAAGCCAAGAGUGAAUUGAAGAUUUACUGCUUGUCCUAAAUGGGGGACUACGGGUUUGGAGUUCUGGUGAAGAACGGCAGUGGUAACAAAUCUGCUUUCCCUGUAAGGAUCCCUCCUCACCUUCAACCCCAGCACCCUCACCACCCCUCCAACCCCCCCAGCCCCCCUUCCUUCGUAAAUAACACCUGCUCCACCAAUGGGGGCAGUGCUUGGCUGUUCCCUGCCGUAGCCCAGCACAGUAACAUGCAAGAUGAGAUUCUGGAGUCAGACAAGUCCAAGGCCUUGGACAUCCAGGACAUGCAGGAGAAGGCUCAGGUCCAGGCCCAGCCCCAGACCCUGUCUCCGGGCCAGCAGGAGACCGGAGGAGGCCUAGGAGAUCUUGAGGGAGCGCUGCCCGAAGAUGGCUCACUGGAGAAGGGUUCCUUGGAGAGCAGCGGCGGGAAAGAGAAGUUAAGAAUGGAGUCCCCCGUGCUCAGCGGUUUUGACUACCAGGACAGCCUGGGAAUGGGUACGAGCUGCGCACAAUCCACCUCCUCCUCAUCCUCGCUGACGAGCUUCAACAACUGGUCCCCCGCCGUUCCAUCCACCCAGUCCCCGGUGGUCGGGGAAGAUGUUAGCGGCUUCUUCGGUCCCGCCGGCUCCAACGCCAACGGCCCUCCCCUGUUGUUCCAGAACUUCUCCCACCACGCCGGCCCUGGCUUUGGAGCGGGAGGCAGUUUCUCCCCGCAGAUCGGCCCGGUCUCCCAGCACCACCCUCCGACACCUCACCCCCAGCACUACCACCCGCACGGCCAGGGGGUUCCUCAGCAGCAUCGGCGUUCCCCGGCUAGCCCCCAUCCACCCCAGCCCUCCUUCCCGCCUCACCCCCAUCGCACCGGACCCUUUACCCAGCUGCCCCACCUUGCUCCCACCCAGAGCAAACCCCCCUCCCCAUGGGGAAGCUACCAGAGCCCCUCCACUCCCACAUCCACGUCCUGGAGCCCGGGUGGGUAUGGUGGAUGGGGAGGCACACAGGGUGUUCGCGAGUACCGGAGGGGUGUAGGUGGGGGGAUGACGGGCCUCAACUCCAUUUCCCCUCUCAAGAAGUCCUUCGCUAACAACCAGGUUUCCUCGCAGAAGUUUCCCCGAAAUAACUCUGGCAUCAAUCACAAAGGCUGGGUGGAGGACAGUAUGAGCCGCAAUGACAGCGUUUAUCCUUUUCAGCAGGAGCGAACACGGUCCUUUGAUGGUUUCAGCAUGCACUCUCUGGAGAACUCCCUGAUUGACAUUAUGAGGGCUGAGCAGGAUUCCUUAAAAGGACGCUACAGUUUCUCUCACCAGGGUGGAGACGGGCCUCUACCUAUGAAUGCAAGAAGUUAUGGCAGAAGACGAGGCCACUCCUCUCUUUUCCCCAUGGAGGAUGAGCGAUCUUUCGGAGAAGACGAGUCCGGUGACCAGGGGCUGGCCGGGCUCGGGUCGGCCCACUGCUUCCCACACCUCAACGGCGAGCGUGUGGAGCGCUACUCCCGCAAAGUGUUUGUUGGAGGGCUGCCUCCGGACAUAGACGAAGAUGAAAUCACUGCCAGUUUCCGUCGCUUUGGUCAUCUGUUUGUGGACUGGCCCCAUAAGGCAGAGAGCAAGUCCUAUUUUCCUCCAAAAGGAUAUGCAUUCCUGCUGUUUCAAGAUGAGAGCUCUGUUCAGGCUCUGAUUGACGCCUGCAUUCAGGAGGAUGGCAAGCUUUACCUGUGUGUGUCCAGCCCCACCAUUAAAGACAAACCUGUGCAGAUUCGUCCCUGGAACCUGAACGACAGUGACUUUGUGAUGGACGGCUCCCAGCCGUUGGACCCGAGGAAGACCAUCUUUGUGGGAGGCGUCCCUCGCCCCCUGCGCGCAGUCGAACUCGCCAUGAUUAUGGAUCGCCUGUAUGGAGGAGUGUGUUACGCCGGGAUCGACACGGACCCCGAACUGAAGUAUCCCAAGGGGGCGGGGCGAGUGGCCUUCUCCAAUCAGCAAAGCUACAUUGCAGCCAUCAGUGCCCGGUUUGUUCAGCUGCAGCACGGGGAGAUUGAUAAACGGGUGGAAGUGAAGCCAUAUGUCCUGGACGACCAGCUGUGUGACGAGUGCCAGGGCACUCGCUGCGGCGGGAAGUUCGCUCCUUUCUUCUGCGCGAACGUGACCUGUCUGCAGUACUACUGCGAGUACUGCUGGGCCGCCAUCCACUCCCGGGCGGGCCGCGAGUUCCACAAGCCGCUGGUGAAGGAGGGGGGGGAUCGGCCGCGACACAUCUCCUUCCGCUGGAACUGAGGCGAGAGAGGGCGAGGGGGCCGGAGGUGGCGCCAGGAUUUCGGGGGAGGGACUGAGAGAAAGGGGGUAGUAAGGGAAGGGGUGUGGGCUACGAUAUGAAAUAUAAAUGCACUUUUCUUUUAAGUUUGAAAAAAAAAACAAACAAAAGAUUAAUUUAUUUUUUUUAAAUUGGACCUUCUAAAAGAAGCAAAUGCUAAAAAGAGUGAAAUCCCAUUUAUGUUUUGACUUUAAGUGUGCAUGAGCAUAUGGACGCAUUAGAUUUGGAUUUAGAUGUUUUUUUUUUCUUUUCUGUUUUCUUUUUUUUUUUUGACUUGACUGUAUUUUCUUUCCAUGUUAGCCGGCGAAGCUGCUUACAUUUGUUGUGGAGAGUAACCUAAAGUUUAAGUGAGGUUCAUCAUAACUAAAUCAAUAUACUAACUAUGGAUGUUGAGUUUAAAAAGGGUGCAUUUUCUUACUUUUUUGCUUGCAGGAUUAGAGAACAACUGUACCAUUUACCAAAGGUUGAGUGCAAAUGGUUGGGUUAAACAGAGGAGGGACUCAGUUUCAGAUGGAUGGAUGAGUGAAUUUUUUUUCCAAGCAGCUCAGUGUAUAGCAUCUUGGCCACGUCACACACACAAAAAAAAACAAAA